UGUUCCUUUUCCCAAUGACGUCACAUCGUCGCAAAAAUGGCAGUGUGAUAGUGGCGAUCCGUACCCUGCUAGCCCUCUCUUCAGCUCCCAGUGAUGGCGCUGCUGCCGCAAUGGAGUCGCUUGACGGGGCUUCGCCGUGUCCUGCUGACUGGUUGUGCGUCAAACACACAGAAAACGCUGACUGCUGGACUGCGAACACACGAGCCCCUCCCAGAUUUUAGAGGGGCCAGCAUGAAGGAGAGACCGAAACUGCGCUUCAUGAAUAAAGCUCCUGAUCUUGUUAAAGUAGUGAAAGAACCGAGGAACUUAAAUGAUAUCCGCGGCCCUGCAAAAGAGGGACGGGACUUCAAGGAGGGAGAGUAUGGCAUUUUGGCUCUAGGAGGGGGUUACUUACAUUGGGGUCACUUUGAAAUGAUGCGUUUGACCUUAAAUCGCAAAUUCGACCCCAAAACAACCUUCAGCAACUGGCUAAUAGAAGCCCCCAGCAAACCCAUUACACGCAAAGGACUGGGUCAGCGCAUGGGAGGCGGAAAGGGAGCAGUCGACCAUUACGUCACCCCAGUUAAAGCUGACCAGCUUAUCUUAGAAGUGGGAGGCCGCUGUGAGUUCGAGGAGGUGUUGCCGAUGCUGACGCAAGUGGCCAAGAAGCUUCCGUUUCCGGCUCAGGCUGUCAGCAGGGAAAGUCUGAGACAGGCCCGAGAGGAGCUGGAAGAGCGAAUCCGAAACAACCAGAACCCAUGGACUUUUGAGCGACUGGUAACACGUAAUAUGAUGGGUUGCCGAAAGUAUCUCAGCCCAUACGACCUUCAUUACAAGGGCAGAUAUUGGGGCAAGUUCUAUAUGAAAAAUCGUGUAUGAAAUGAAUGCUUGUUCACCUUCAAAAACCAUGUUGAGGCAUUGAACCACAACAAAAUGGAGUCUGUUAUGCUAGCCUGUUCUCUACCAACAAUUGUAACUUCUGUCAAACAAUUAAAAUCUUACUGUUUUCUAUUUAA